GAGCGUGGUGGGUGGAGAGGAAUUUUUUGUUUAUUUUCUUGGCCAGCUAACCAGUAAACGUGUUGUUGUUAGCCUAAAUAUUUUUUGUUACAGUGGAGUGUAACAGAGUGAAUAGUUAAACGACUGUGCAUUUAAUUGAGUAUGAUAUCCUAACAUUUCGUGAGAUAGCGGAUUUGGGGCAUCAUAGAAAAAGAUUAGCCAGCGAGCUAGCGUGAAGUUGAUGAAUGUCCCUUAGCGUUAGCUGUUAGCGUAUGUGCUAGCAAGCUAGUUAACGCUGCACAGCGCAUCAAAAUCUCGGUACCUAAAACCACUCAUUUAUCAUCUCCAACCACCCGGACCACCGCAGCAGCGCGGAAAAAUCACGACAAGAUAUAAUGGCCAUAUUUGCAGAUGAACGACCUGUGAGGGGUUCUGCAUGCAUGAAUGUUGUUAAAGGUUGGCAGCAGUUGAUCAUCAAUAAUUUCACCUUGUCACCUCUACUGGUAAAGGCAUAGAGCAUACAACUGGAAAGCCUCCCCAAGGUUGAAACCUAAGGAGCAAGAUGUCAAUCACAAACACUCCCACAAGUAAUGAUGCCUGCCUGAGCAUUGUGCAUAGCUUGAUGUGCCACCGACAGGGAGGAGAGAGUGAAAGUUUUGCUAAACGUGCGAUUGAGAGUCUUGUCAAGAAGCUGAAGGAGAAGAAAGAUGAGCUGGAUUCCCUUAUUACAGCCAUCACUACGAAUGGAGCACAUCCAAGCAAGUGUGUAACCAUACAGCGAACUUUGGACGGUCGCCUACAGGUUGCAGGGCGUAAAGGUUUUCCCCAUGUUGUCUAUGCAAGACUGUGGCGAUGGCCUGAUCUACACAAGAAUGAAUUAAAACAUGUGAAAUAUUGCCAAUAUGCCUUUGACCUGAAAUGUGACAAUGUUUGUGUCAACCCAUACCACUACGAAAGGGUUGUCUCUCCAGGCAUUGAUUUGUCAGGACUGACCCUUUCAAGUUCAGGUCCACUCUUGGUAAAGGAUGAAUAUGACUAUGAUAACCAGCAAUCUCACUCCAGCUCUGAAAGCCACCUGCAGACUAUCCAGCAUCCACCAUCAAGGCCUGGUCCACAAGAGGCCUUCAGCAGCCCAGCUCUACUCCCUCCGACGGAGGGAAGUAGUUCAGCUUCAACCUCUGCGUUUUCUACCAUCAGUGCUGGACCCUCAAAUCCUACCCCCAACUGGAGCAGGAGCAGCAGCUUCACCCCCACGGUGCCUCAACACCAGAAUGGGCAUCUACAGCAUCAUCCACCCAUGCCGCACACAGGGCAUUACUGGCCUGUUACCAAUGAAAUUGCGUUCCAGCCCCCCAUAUCCAAUCACCCUGCUCCAGAAUACUGGUGCUCCAUUGCUUACUUUGAGAUGGAUGUCCAGGUUGGGGAGACGUUUAAGGUGCCAUCCACAUGUCCGAUAGUGACUGUGGAUGGCUAUGUGGAUCCAUCAGGAGGGGAUCGCUUCUGCCUGGGCCAGCUGAGCAAUGUUCACAGGACAGAGAACAUAGAAAGAGCCAGGCUCCACAUUGGUAAAGGUGUGCAGCUGGAGUGCAAAGGUGAAGGAGAUGUCUGGGUGCGCUGUUUGAGUGAUCAUGCAGUGUUUGUUCAGAGCUAUUAUUUGGAUCGAGAGGCUGGACGUGCUCCUGGAGAUGCAGUACACAAGAUCUACCCCAGCGCUUACAUCAAGGUGUUUGACUUGCGUCAGUGCCACAGGCAGAUGCAGCAGCAGGCGGCAACAGCUCAGGCAGCAGCUGCAGCUCAGGCAGCAGCGGUGGCUGGGAACAUUCCUGGACCUGGAUCUGUGGGAGGCAUCGCCCCAGCCAUCAGUUUGUCUGCUGCUGCAGGCAUCGGGGUUGAUGACCUGCGCAGGCUUUGCAUCCUGCGGAUGAGCUUCGUGAAAGGCUGGGGGCCCGACUACCCACGGCAAAGCAUUAAAGAAACGCCCUGCUGGAUUGAAAUCCAUUUACACCGAGCUCUACAGCUACUGGAUGAAGUUCUGCACACCAUGCCCAUAGCUGACCCUCAACCUCUUGACUGAGUUGAAAGACAUUAAUUGUACAAAACAAACAAAGAAAAACAAUAAAAAAUCAGACUGUACGUUUAACAGUCUGCUCCACCAAUACGCCUGGAGCGCCAAAGGAGGACUGCAACUACAGGGAUGCUGAGUAGAUUGUAGGGGUAGGAACAAUGACAUAAAGGCUGGCAGUAUACUCCAAACACACCGCUUUCAUAUCCAGCGCAGAGACUCCAGGUCUGUAAGUUCAGUGACUUCCAAGCAACAGCUGGAGGAACAUGUGAGUCACACUGGGAGGAGUUGUAGCACAGUGGAAAAAUCCGGCCAAGAGGAUGCACAUAUUGAAGGAAGCCAGUAUUCUGACAUUGUUCAUCAAUUGGAACUGCAUAACAGCAUGAAGUGAUCAAGGCUGCAUGUCUCUCAAAUCUCAAGUUUGAUACAAAAAUAAUCUCACACUGAUGUGUGAGGGUAAGGAAUGUGUCCACACUGUGAUAAAAAGAUUCAAAAAGCUCAUGAAUAAUUUAAUAAGGUUUACUGCUGAACAAAACAAAUUCAAAGAGAGUGUAGGGUGUCAAACAGGAAAUGAUUCAUGCUUCACCAUACUGUUUUUUUUAAUGUGGACAUAUCUGUAGAUUUUAAGAUGCUUGGAGCCCUCCUUGUAACUGAUUGACAAAAUUUAUUUUUGAGCUACCGUAUUUAGUGAGCAAAGUAUUUGGCUUAAAAACAGUUGAGCUGAGCACAUUGUGGCGCCUCAUUCUGUCUGAACAUAUUAAAUGUGAUUUCAGUUGGAGUAUACUGCUGGUCCAGUCCUCCUCCAAUGGCUCUCCGGUGCUGAUAUGGCUUCAUGUAAGUGGAGUUUUUUUUCUCCCCUCACAGAUCAGGAUAUUUAUGUGAAAUCAUGUUAUUCAUUACUCAUUUUCUUGUAAGGUGUUAUCUGAAAUAUUUUUCAGUCCUUGUUGAUGUUUUUUGAUUUAUAUUUCCCUUUUGAAUAGUUGUUUCUAAAGAUGUAAAGAGCAUUUAAAUAAGCCCAUUUUAGCUGAGCUCAGCUUCUCUUUAUAGAGCUGUUCUGUUAUUCUACCACCAGUCAAGGCUGUUAUGACACUGAGAAGUGAUGUUUUCUACUGAAGUUUUUCAAACCCCAAAUUUAAUUGAAAUUAUGAAACAAUUUUCAAAAGAAAAUGUUAUUAUGAUACAUCUGCGUAAUAUUAUUUGUAAUUGUCAUUUUUUGAUUAGAUGCCCAUAUAGUGUCCAUUAGCACUUUAUUAAUUUGCUUGAGUAUUUUGUCUUGUUACAUAGUCUCAUGUGUGGUUACUUGUUGUAUCCAUAUAAUAUCUUAGCAUAGUUUAAAAGUUAUUCUUGCUAAUGACCUUGGUGAGACCCAUGAAAAAUGUAGUUCAAAGUGUUGAAUGCCCAGAAUCUAUAUUUUCAGUAUCAAACAUUCACAGCAGGUUUGAAAGGUUAUUUCACGAUCAUUAUUUGGAACACGUUGUGGUUGUAGUGUACGAGUGGUUUAUGAAACAACCACCUGUCAAACCUACAGGCAGUGAAUAUUUGAUACUCAAAAGAUACAUUUGGGUGGAGCAUCACUUUUAAGUUAGCUCACCUCCACCCAUUUUAAUUUGAGUAUUACUUGUAUGACUUAACAUAGACAACAGCUGAGGAAAGGAAGCGUGGAUUGAACUCUGAGAGGAAGCGUAAGCCAUAUUGAUGCCAAAAGUAACCCUCUGAAAAGUGGAAAGGUUAUCAGACUGCAGUAAUUUCAGUGUUAAUGUUGCUUCUAAAAGCUUGGUUUUAAUUAUCAACUGAAUGAUUUUAGUUUUUGCUCAACACUCUUCAAACAAUAUUUUGGUAUUUGGAGCUCUGUUUACCUACAGCUGUUGCAGUAUUUUAUACUCUUUUUGCUACCUUUACAGUGACGAGCCACUCUGGUCAAAAUUGAAAAUGAUUUAAAGAAAAAAAAAAAAAGAAAAAAAAAAUGCUGUACAAUUUUCAGGAAAUGCAAGUUCAUGCUUAUCGUAAUCUUUACAAGUAUGUCAUACAUUCUGAAUACAUAACUGAGUUUGAAUGAUAUUGGUGUUUAUAUGUAUGGAUAUGGUUGAAUAAAAUUUAAUGGGCUAACUCUA